CAUAUUGCUUGAAAUUAAAUGCGUGGUAGAUUGCAAAAUUUGCUGACUCUAAUUGUGUGUGUUGGAAGGUGAUUCUGCAAGAUGCAAAGAGUUUUGUUAGCUGUCGUUUUGCUGAUAUAUUUUCAGCAGACGAGCUCACGAUGGUGCUCAAGGAAUGUUACGAAACAAAUUCAAACCAUGAUCGGAAAAAGAGAAGAAAACUCAGUUCCCUGUUUGGAUUUGUACAAAUAUGUUCACGAUAAAUGGAAAUAUGAUGAACAGAAAAUGAAGAACGUGUAUGGAGGUUCGGAUGGAGUGGCUUCGUAUUUCUAUACCAAUACCAGCGAAGCACAUUGUUUCAUUUAUAAAACUCCCAUCAAGAUCGUUAAAAAUGUAACAGAACGUCAUAUUGAAUGUUGUACCGGAUGGACAGGACCGUCCUGUGAACACAGACAUAUGGGCAUUGGGAUUUGCUAUGAGGAUAUAAACUGCCAAAUAAUAUCCCAAAGGACUCAUUCAGUUGAACAAAAGUUUGUAACUGUAGGGGAUUGCUGCACAAUUAUUGGUGGAAAAAGUUGGAGAACAGUUUCAGAAAUUUCUAACGUUUCUGUCUGUCAUACAUGUAAUGAUGUACAACUUAUUGACAUGACCUCCGUCGACGUUGAAGAAAAUCAAAACAUAAAAGCUUCAUGUGGAGUAUUUGGAGGAAAACAUUUGACUUUAUUCAGUGGAAAGGUGUUACAAAUUCCGACCAAUUGUGCAUAUCAGAUUGCAGUUUCAGAAGAUGGAAGUUGGUCGCUCGAAGUCCAAAGCCAUGACUGUGAUUUAUCAUUCAUAAACUGUUCUUUGGCGUUCCGGGUGACCAUUGAACAUGACGUCAUCGUUGCAUAUCGUGACGUAAUAUCCAGUCGAGUCAUCAUCGAGAUCAAUGAAAAAACCUUGAACUUGAAUGCACCCAUUGUUCAUAAUGGAGUCAUUAUUAAACGGAUCGGUCAGAAUAUUCUUUUUGAAAGUUCGUUGGGGUUUUCUGUCAGAUGGGAUGCAAAAAAUUCACUUUUUAUUUACUUGGAUAUACCUGAUAAAAAUACUCCGGAUACAUCGGGCUUAUGCGGAUCGUGGAAAUUUGCCGAACCAUUAGGUCGUGACACUAGAAACCAAUUUCACAGCUCAACAUUGAUGGAAUGGAGAAGUAGUGGCAUUCGUAACGUGGAUGAGAUGAAAAAUUUACGAUGUACUUCGAUUGCUUCCGGUAAUUGCGAUGCAGAUCCUCUUCUUAUGGAAAAUGCGCAAAGGAGAUGCGACAUUUCCAUGAACGGUCCAUUCGCAGAUUGUAUUGGCAAGUUGGACCCCACUGAGUAUAUACAGGCUUGCUCCUCAUCAGUUUGCCUCGUUCAACAUACUGAGUUAGACAAUGAAAUGAAAAAACAAAUUACAUGUUCCUCAAUGUCCGCUUACUCACUUAAGUGUCAUUUUACUGGGAUCAAUGUUGGACAAUGGAUGAAAGAAUACAAUUGUGAGGACAGUUGCCCUGAUGGGAUGAUUUACAAGCAAUGUGUCUCUGCGUGUCCGUUGACUUGUGAAAAUUUUAGUGACAAACAGAAAAAAUCUCAAUGUACUCACUCGGCAUGUUUUCCUGGCUGCGAGUGCGAAAAUGGAAGAGUUUUGCGAAUUCUUUCAAACGGUGAAACAGAAUGUGUAGAUCCGAAUACUUGUCCCUGCAAACACAGGGGUAAAGAAUAUCAAAUCGGACAAUCUUUCACCAAACAAUGUAACCUCUGUAAAUGUGAAUCAAGAGGAAGAUGGAAUUGUUCUGAAGAUCAUUGUGAGGGGACUUGUAACAUCAUAAGCGCUAGUCACGUAGUUACAUUCGACGGAACAAGGUUGUCUCUUCUCAGUGGGCCUUGCAAACGACAGAUUUUAGUGCGCGAUCGUUUUCGACCGCGACAGCUUACUGUUAGCGUCGACAUUCUUCCAGCUUCAAAUGCGCAUCAGAAUCUUCUCAGUAUAUCAUCACUGCUUAUAGACAUGAGGGGCACACAACUUAACAUCAAAAAUAAUUUGCAAAUCACAGUAAAUGGGACUGAGUCAAGGAUGCCGUAUAGAGAUUCCCAAUUUUCUGUGCGUAUGGCAACAUCAUUGGCCUUGUUGUUAAGAACACACGGUGUUAGUAUCAUUUGGAUACCAAGCACAGAUGAAUUGGAACUUGUUUUGGAUCCAAUGUUUUCAAACAAGGUUAUAGGAUUGUGUGGAACAUAUAAUUGGAAUUCCAAAGAUGAUUUGUUAACACCACAGGGUGACAUUGAACCGAAUAUUGUGGAAUUUGCAAGAUCUUAUCAAGAAGAAGAUGGGUCGCGAUGCCUGGAAAGAAUGCUUGACAGUUCCGUUUCUACAUCAACUGGUAUUGUCAAUAUGAAAUUAUUUAUUGAUGAUAAACUGCCAAAUGCAUGUACUAUUCAUGCCCAACGUCGGAGUCAAGCUCAGCAGUUGUGUGCGCUUCUUUCUUCUGAAAUAUUCGAUAAUUGCCUACAAUAUGUGAGCACGUCUCCAUACAUCGAAAUGUGUAUGCAUGAUCUAUGUACCAGUGAUGAAACUAUUAACGUCUGUCGUGUCUUCAGUGCUUAUGCCCGCGCUUGUGCGAAUGCCCGAGAGUCCAAUAACACCACAAAUCAACAAAUAGAUUGGAGGCAGCAUGAAGAUCUCGUUCAAUAUUGCAACCCAACUUGUCCGCUGGGAAUGGUUUUCAAUGAAUGUCAGCCACUUUGUUCGUCUUCAUGUGACGAUGUCCGACAUCCCUGUCCAACGUAUAGCUUUUCGAGAGCAUGGAAAUUCCAAACAUUUGCGUAUUCCCAGCCAUGUCUACCUGGAUGUGUUUGUCCUGAUGGAAUGUAUUCUGAAUCACUGCAAUCCGUUCCGGUAAUUUCAGGAGAACAAGUUUUGGGCUUUAAGUUUCAAAACUGCGUAAAAAAGUCACAAUGUUCAUGCAGUGACGGAGGAUUGGUAUAUACAAUUGGAAAACGUUUAAAAAGUGGAUGCUCGGAAUGUAUCUGCAAUGCCGGGAGAUGGAAUUGUACUUCUGAAUCUUGUGACGCCACAAUGAAGUGUCCGAAUAACAUGAUAUUCAGUCGACAGAUGUCACUUUGCAAUCAAGAUACAUGUGACAAUGUCGUUAGAGGCGCUAUUGUACUGCGAUCAGAACGAAAUAUGGAAUGUGCCAGUGAAGUCUCCUUCCAGGGUUGCACGUGUCCAAACGGGAUGGUUUUAGAGGGUGAACACUGCAUAGAUCCCACUGAAUGUCCGUGCAAACAUAACGGUCAGACUUAUCAACGUAAUUCGACUAUCAAACGCGAUUGCAAUACAUGCACUUGUGAUGGGAAACAUUGGAUUUGCACCGAAAAGGUUUGCGCAGGUAUUUGCGUUGCAACUGGAGACCCUCAUUACGUUACAUUCGAUGGAGCAACUUACUCAUUUGAGGGAGCAUGUAGUUACAUUCUUGCUCAAGAUUCAGAUGGUUUGUUCAGCGUUGAAGCAGAAAAUAUACCAUGCGGAUCAACAGGAGUUACUUGUACUAAAUCAGUUUAUAUCAGCAUUGGAAACAUGGUUGUUCACUUAUUGCGUGGGAAAGAUAUCACUGUGAAUGGAGCCAGAGUUCGUCGUUUUCCUCGUAGAUAUGGUGCCGCGGAUAAACCGAUGUCAAAACUUCAGAAGUCGACAACGAUGGUUCUCAUCAUAGAUAAAGCUGGGUUGUUCGUUGUUGUCAGUGCACCUGUUCUUGGAUUGUCAGUGUUGUGGGAUGGAGGAACCAGAGUAUAUGUUCAAGUAUCUCCUGAAUACCGUGGAAAAACCUCUGGGUUAUGUGGGAAUUAUAACUUAAGAACUGACGAUGAUUAUACAACAAGACACGGAUCUGUCGAGGCGUCCGUUUCGUUGUUUGCUGACACCUGGAGACUCGCUCAAUCAUGUCCAGAGACGCGGGAUGCGACUGACCAAGAUUUGAUUGAUCCAUGCAAGGCCAAUCCCCACAGAGAAGGUUGGGCUCGUCGGACCUGCAGUAUUAUAACAACAGGCUCCUUAUUCGCAGCAUGUCGCAUUGUUGUAGGUCAUUCAACAUAUUACGACUGGUGCGUCAGAGAUUCUUGUGCUUGUGAUUCGGGCGGAGAUUGCGAAUGUUUAUGCACUGCGAUCGCAGCAUUCGCUGAAGAAUGCAAUAGACACGGAGUUCAUAUACGAUGGAGAUCUCAGGAAUUAUGCCCAAUGCAAUGUGAUGAUGGAAUGGAGUAUAAAGCUUGUGGUCCAGUGUGCCAGUCAACUUGCAGAACAAUUGGAUCCGAGCCAGAAGCACACUGCGGAACAUUAUCUUGUGUAGAAGGAUGCUUCUGUCCCAUUGGAACCGUACUUCAUGAUGGAAGGUGUGUGUCAUCAAUGGACUGUCCUUGCCCUAUGAACAGAGGUGAAUUUCCAUCUGGCACUACAAUGUACGACAAUUGUAAAGAAUGCGUUUGUAGAGGUGGAAAAUGGGAAUGCGAGGGCAAACCAUGUUCCGAAGCUAGGACUUGUACUGAUGAUCAUUUUCAAUGUGCUGAAGACGACAGAUGUAUUCCGAUCGAAUGGAAAUGUGACAUGGAAGUUGACUGCAGUCGAGGAUCAGACGAAAAACUUUGUGAACAUAGCAAAAAUGUUCCGAAAUGUGAAAGUAAUGAAUUUGGCUGCGGUGAUGGUUUUUGCAUUGCGUUUAUAUUUAGGUGUGAUGGAUCAAGCGAUUGCUUGGAUGGUUCGGACGAAAUAGAUUGUGAACAAUUUCUUAAUAAAUCUAUGUGCGAAGAUCACGAGUUUUUAUGCGAUAAUAGGAAAUGUAUUCAUUCAUCGUUUGUGUGUGAUGGACAAUUCAAUUGUGGAUUUGGCGAUUUCGCUGAUGAAAUGAAUUGUGCAGAGACAUGUUCUCAAAUCACGGAAUUUGAAUGUUCAAAUUCGGUAUGUAUAUCUCGAUAUCAACUAUGUGAUGGGGUACCAGAUUGCAUAGAUAAUAGUGAUGAGAUAGAUUGUGUCUGUACUUUGAAUCAUUUUACGUGUGCUGAUAAUAAUUGCAUAUCAAGAACUCAUGUUUGUAACGGAAUCAAUGAGUGUUCAGAUGGAGAAGAUGAACACAACUGCUACAACAGCACAACUACUUUAGCUAAACCAACUUACACAGCCGCAUAUAAAAUAUCCACAACACAAUUGUCUUGUCCAGAUCGUAGUUUAUUAUGUCCUGAAUUACGCACUUGUUUGCCUCAUCAUAUGAAAUGUGAUGGCGUAGUAAAUUGUCCAAGUGGAUUAGACGAAAUCGGUUGCAAUUUAGAACGAACAACUGCUACAUCGACUGAAGCAUGUCCUGAGUUUUCUUGUAGCAACGAUACAUCAACAUGCGUGCGAUGGAAAGAAGUAUGUGAUCACGUGAUACAUUGCCCUGACCAAUCAGAUGAAUCAAUUUACUGCUGGGAAGGAUGUCCAGAGAAUAUGUUUGACUGCGACAAAGGAGUUAGAUGUCUACCUUUUCAUCUUGUAUGUGAUCAACAAGUUCAUUGUAUCGACCUGUCAGAUGAAAGUCAGCAAGCUUGUGAACAAGUCAAUAUCAAUCUCUGUACAAGUGGAUUUCAAUGUGACGACGGCCCUUGUAUUAGCGGAAAUAUGGUUUGCGAUGGAGUAUUUCAUUGUUCUAAUGGAGAAGAUGAGCUAGGAUGUCCAGUUUCAUCAACACGAAUUCCAAUUAAAACUUUGACGACUCCGGUACUUAACCCGACCACUACAUCAAUGGAAAGUUAUGUUUGCCCUGAGUUUACAUGCCCAAAUGGAUUUUGUUUAGAAUUUAAUAGGGUAUGCGACGGGGUAAAUGACUGCUACAAUACAAACACAUCAGAUACAACACAAUAUUCAGACGAAUUUGGAUGUCCUGCGUGGUCAGAAUGGCAAGCAUGGGGCUUUUGUAGUAAAACUUGUGGAUCUGGUUUACAAACAAGAAACAGAAAUUGCGAAAUUACAAAUACUGAAGAUCCGUUACGAAAAGACUGCAAAGGAAAAGUAAAUGAUACAAGACCUUGUUUUGUUCGACCAUGCGAAGAUGAUCAGUUGAGUUUGCUUCCAUGGUCAACAUGGUCUGAAUGUAGCUCAACGUGCGGCGGAGGAGUCAGUGUGAGAAUGAGAGAAUGUAAUAGCAAUCAUACAAACUGCAGUAACUAUUCAAUAACAUCUUUCGAAAAUUCUCAAGUAAGAUCUUGCAAUGAGGAAAAAUGCUUUGGAGAUAACUGUGGUGGUUCUAAAAUUUACGUCAACUGUGACGGAGACGAAGAUGAAACUCCAAAACUUUGUGCAAUAACAUGCCAACAAUUGAACAUUCACAACAUGACUGAACAGAAUUGUUCACAAAAUUUUGACACUGAAAGAAAAUGCAUUUCUGGUUGUUAUUGUCCGGAUGGAUACGUAUAUUCCGACGACACGGCAACAGAGUGCGUUCCUGUGGCGGAAUGCCCUUGCUAUUACAAUAAUGAGGUCUUCCAACCUGGCGAACAAGUGGAAUAUCCAACAUCUUGUGAGAUAUGCACUUGUAAAGGCGGGGAUUAUAUCGGUGACUGCGAAUUGAACCCAGCAUGCAUUCCAACACCACAGACAACUAUUUCUAUCGCCAAAACUACUCCAGAUGAAUGUGGAUGGUCAAAGUGGUCAGAAUGGGGACCGUGCUUUGGACCAUGUGGCGUUAAUGGGGUACAAUGGUCAUUCAGAUCUCCGACUACACCAGGAAGGUACGGAUCAGAGCGUCGCCAUUGUCCUGGAGAAACAAGAAAAUCAAGAAGAUGUCCUACAGAACCAUGUGAAGUUUGUACGUUUCAAAUAAAUGGAUCACAUAAAACAAAAAAUGUUGGUGAACAAUGGAAAGAAGGGCUUUGCAAAAUCUGUUCUUGUAAUUAUGAAAAGGAAGUAAAGUGCCAAAAUUUUUGCAAAUAUUCUACUAACGGUUGUCCAGAUAAUGGUACACUAAUCAUGCCAGAUGAAAAUGAUGGCGAUUCUUGUUGUCAUUGCGAAUCAAGAUUAGUUAGAGCCACUGAACUACCAUCAACAACAGUGUCGUUUUCUCAAACUUCCAAGGUAAUUGACGUUUCCUUCACUUCAUCGUCUUAUGAGACAACGCCAUUAUAUGAUACAAACACAGAUACAACAAUGAAGUGUGGACUCGAUCAGUUUCAAUGCAUGGAAUCAAAGACGUGUAUUAGCAACUCAAAUGUAUGCGACGGAAUUGUCCAAUGCAUUGAUGGGUCAGACGAAUCAGAUUGUGAAACAACAAUCAUAGGUUCUUAUGACACCAAUUGCGAGUACCAACUGUGGACUGAAUGGUCGAUUUGCUCCAAAUCAUGUGAUGUCGGGAAACAGACAAGACAAAGAGGAAUAAUAAGUAAUAGAAAUGCAGACAACUUAAAGUGUUUGGGACCAUUCAAACAAACCAAGUCUUGCUUCACUACUGCGUGCAAGAUAAACGGUGAUUGGAGUAAUUGGCAAGAAUGGACUGACUGCUCCAAAACAUGCGGAGGUGGCGUCAGAUUCAGAGUUAGAAGUUGCGAUAAUCCCAGUCCUGGAAACGGCGGGAUAGACUGCGAUGGAGAAAACAUGGAAUCUUUAUUGUGCGGGAGAAAACCAUGUUAUCCAGGAAUUUGCACUGGUGGUAAAGUAUUUGUAAAGGAGCCUGCGUGUAUGGAAAUAAAUACUUGUGAACAGACAUGUUCUGAUAGAAGCAAUAAUGUCAAGUGCUCAACUAAUUGCACUGAAGGAUGUCAUUGUCCUAAUAACCAAUUCCUGCAAGAUGGAGUUUGUGUGUCAGUUUCUCAGUGCAGAUGCUCUUACAAUGGAAUUGAAUACAAUCCAUGGGAUGAAUUUCAUGUGAAUGGAUGUCCUUGUAAAUGUGAAAAUGGUGUUGCAGUUUGUUCUAAUCAAGAUUGUGUUGUAGAUUGUGGAUGGUCGGAUUGGUCGUUAUGGACAAGCUGUGAUAAGACCUGUGGUACAUCAGGUAGAGUAUAUCGAUUUCGUUCCCCCACUAGCCCACCACCUUCUGGUAAAGGUGCCAAACCAUGCAUUGGAAAAACAACUGAAUUGAGAAGAUGUUUUAGAACUGAUCGAAUGACAGCCAUGAGACCUUGUAGUCCAGUAUGGUCAGCUUGGAACUCAUGGACCCAUUGUUCAGCAAUAGAAUGUGAACUUGGAUCCCAAACAAGAACUCGAGAUUGCACAGUCGAAAAUAAAAAGACAUCAGUAGCUCAUUGUGGAAGUUUGGGACAGGAGGAAAAAAGAGUUUGCACAUCAAAUGGAACUUCAAACUCAUCUAAAUGUGAAUCCUCCAACAGAAUGCCAAUGCAUCCUUGCCCUAAAGAUGCAGUUUGGGAAUGUCAACAAUGUCCGAAAACUUGUGCAAAUUUGGCUUCACAAGGAGACAAAACAGAAUGUUUAGUAGAUGGUGAAUGUAUUUGGUCAUGCUUAUGCCCUGAUGGACUGUUUCUUCAGAACAAUCAAUGUGUUCCAAAAACAUCCUGUGAUUGUACGCUACCUGAUUAUUACCGAAACAACACCAACAUAACGACAAUAGAGAAUGGAUCAUGGAUUGUUAUUGAAUGUCAUAAUUGCUCUUGUGCAAAUGGCAGACUGCAUUGUGAACUAAGGAAAAAUGAUGGUGAAUGUGAAAAUAUUGAGAAACAAGCUUAUGAAUGGACUCCAUGGACGGAAUGGUCCAAAUGUUCGAAAUCAUGUAUUACAAGAUCUGUGGUUGGACAUUCAUUUCAACCAGUAUUUGGAGUUCGGACUCGUAAAAGACAAUGCCUUGGAUAUGAAAGCUAUUUUUACAAAGAAUCAAAUAAUAGGCCUCAAUGUAACGGAUCUGCCAUUCAGGCAGAAAAAUGUGGGAAAUCGAUUUGCAGUUUGAAAAUAAAUUGGGGAGAAUGGCAAAAUUGGUCUCCUUGUGACAGAUCGUGUAAUGGUGGGAUGCAAACUCGUAAAAGGACUGUUUUGCAAAAUAAUCAAGAACAAGAUAUUGAAUAUUAUUAUGGACCUGCCACACAAAUUCAAGCUUGUGCAUUGGUGCCCUGCAAAGAAAGUAAAUGUCCAACUGGUUCAUCGUAUAAAGAAACAUGCUCAGAUACAGAUCACAGUACAUGUUCUGAAGCAUCCACCUGUUUUGACUUAAGUUCUGAAUUAUACUCAUUGAACCAAUGUGGCAAUAUCAACAAAACAAAUUGUGUUGGUGAGGUGGUAAAAUCUUGCCAAUGUAACACAGGAUUGCUAUGGCAGGAUGGAAUCUGUGUUCCCUUGCCCAAAUGCAACUGCUUUUUUAUGGGACAAAUUAGACGAUUCAAUCAAUCUUUCCCUGUUGGCAACUGUUUAUCUUGCAUGUGUUCAAAUGGUACCGUUGCUUGUGAAAGUCGUUGGGAUGGGAUCUGCAGUGGGGAGGAACAGUCAUGCGAUGACGCUACGCUGGUGACUGGACCAUGGUCUCAGUGGACUGCUUGUUCACAAAGCUGUGACCUCGGUCAGAGGAGAAGAAUCAGGUCAAAACUGGCUCAUCCGUCCCUCUUGGUUUUCUUCAAGAAAGGAUGUAAUGAUGUCGAAGUGGACAUAGAAGAUUGUAAAAUAGGCACUUGCAAUAUACACGAAGAAAAUACAACAAGAACAAACCAAAGAAAAUGGACAAAAUGGGGUGGAUGCAGUGUUUCUUGUGGGAAUGGCGGAUGGAUGAAUAGAUAUAGAAAAUGCAGUACAAUGUUAAAUAAUAGAUGUCAAGAGAAAGAGGUGGAAACAAAGAAAUGUGACAUCCCACUUCCACCAUGUUCAAGAGAUGGAUCUUGGGGAGAAUGGCAAACAUGGAGUCAAUGUUCAAGUACAUGUAUCAGUAAUACAUGCACUCCCUUCCGAUCUAGAGUCAGGAAAUGUGAUGAUCCAUUACCAAUGGGAGAGGGUGAAUAUUGUGCUGGUAGUGCUACAGACAUAGCAGAAUGCGAUCAUCUUCUAACCUGUAAUACUUCCCAUGAUCAAAUACAACCUGAUCAAUGCUACAAAUUCAUAAGAGGUUCAAAAUAUAGCGCAUGUGGACCCGUAUGUCCGAGAACAUGUUCUGACUUGCAGUUUUGUAAACAAACCUGUGUACCUGGAUGUUAUUGUCCACCUGGUUUUGUGAUUAACAGCAACCAAACAGAAUGUAUUUCUAAGGAUCAAUGUCAAUGUUAUGAUCUGGGUAGUGGGAAAAAGUACAAACCAGGCGAGGAAUUUGUAAAAGGUUCGAUUUGCAAGCAAAAAUGCAAAUGUACUGGUGGAAUCAUCGAAUGUGAUGAAGAAACAUUUGAUUGCAUAAUAAGUGGAUCAUGGUGCCCAUGGUCUCAUUGGACAUCCUGUACCAGAUCUUGUGGGGCACAGAAUCGAACACGGAUGCGGUCGUGUGAAUGCCCUGCUCCAUCAAAUAAUGAAGAUCCAAACUUGCGAUGCAAGGUUUUGAAACAAACACCAAAUCAAGAAAAUUUCAAACUAUCAUUCGAUGGAAUCACAGAAAUCGGGCAUGAGAACUGUCACAUCUACCCACACUGCCCAGAUUCUGUCAAACGUUUAGGAUGGACAGAUUGGGGUGAAUGGACUCCAUGCACAUGCCAAUCUCUGUUUAGUUCUCGGAAUAGGACCUGUGAGUCGAACUGUGAAGGACCAUGGCUUCAAUUUAAACCAUGCAGAUUUGAUCCGCUUGAAUGUGGAUUCCAAUGUCUACCUGGACUCAUAUUAUCUCCAUGUGGUUCUGGUGAUCAACCUGACAUACAGAAGCAAUGCCCUGAUACCUGUCUUGGUUUAAAUAAAAACAUCGCAGAAUGUAAUAUGGAAGAAGAUGAAAUGGACAUAUUUAAUGAUCGAUCUAGAAAACGACGUUGGAAUGAUUGCGUUCCACAAUGUGCUUGUCCACAUGGCUUACUACUUGACCCAGCUAAUACUACUGGAAGUUUAUGUGUUUCACAAAUGCACUGCCCAUGCUAUUCCAGAGAUCUGAAAGAAUACAAAAACACGUCUUCACAAAAUUUCAUUGAAAAUUGGAAACAAUACAGCAUUGGAAUUAAUAGAACUGAUUUGAUUGAUUGUAGGAAUUGUUCCUGCAAAGAAAAUGGUGAUAUACAAUGCGAUCAAAAAGAUCAAGAAUGUAUCAAGCACAAGCCUCUACCAAUGCGACUGGAGUGGAGCGAGUGGUCAAAAUGGAGUGAUUGUUCAAUGGCUUGCAAUGGGGGUACUCAAUGGAGAGCAAGACUUUGUCUGGGUGCCAACCAUGAUGAUCUGGAUUUUAACAGCAUGAACACUGUAUGUGAAGGAGAUAUGGAUCAGGAAAGGCCAUGCAAAAGCAACAUAAGUUGUACAAUGCUACCAUGGCAAGGUUGGAGUGAAUGCAGUGUAUCAUGUGGGAUGGGUACUCAUACUAGAACCAGGAUAUGUAGAGAUAAUGCAAGGUGUUUGCCAGCUGAAUUAAAACAAAUGAAGCAAUGCACAGGAAAACCCUGUCCACCUCAUUGGUCAAGUUGGUCAAAGUGGAGCAAUUGUAAUGUAACAUGUGGAACAGGAAUUCAGACAAGAGAAAGAUUGUGUACAAACAUUACAACACAAUUUUUAAAAUCAACCUGUGCUGAUCAGAAUUCCGUUAACAUUUUGCCAACUACCAAUCACUCAGAAAGCAUUGAGCUGGAAUCAAAAUCAUGCAAGGCGAAACGACCAUGUAACAAACCAGGACAUCCGGGAUAUAAAAAUCCUUCUGUUUUUCUUCCUGGCUUGCAAUGGUCAGCAUGGUCACCAUGGUCUGGUUGCUCAGUAUCUUGUGGAGGUGGUAUAUGUGUAAGGAAGAGAAAAUGUGAAGUUGUAAUGACAAAUACAGGUGAUGAAGAUUCUUCAGAUAUAUUGAAUAAAGAUGCAUUUAUUACUGCGGACAUUGGAUGUACAGGAGAAACAAAUCAGUCAAUAUCUUGUCAUGAAGCACCCUGUCCUGUCAAUGGUCGAUGUCCUGAAGGAAUGGAAUGGAAGACAUGCCAACAAUUAUGUGGUGAUGUAACAAGACAUCCCGACCAAUCAAAUGUUAAAAAUGAUGAACUUGUAAGAAGACCUGUGUCUUGUAGUGAACUAUCAAGUGGCUCUGGAGAAUUCUGCUCUGACCUUAAAUCUUGCACGAAUGCUUGUGUAUGUGAAAACGGUGGAUAUUUACAGCGAGAUGGAAGAUGUGUUCCAUCUGAUGAGUGUGAAUGUAUGGAUGACAAGGGGAGAUUGUGGCCACCUUUGAUGCAGUGGGAAGAAACUGGUUUAGAUGGGUGCAAAUCGAACUGCAGUUGUACACAUGGCCGUGUGCUCUGUCACAAGACUAUUGAUGAAAACGGGAAAUGUGUGAGAGAUGAUCCAGAAUUUAAUUCCUGUUACUGGACGCUAUGGACACCGUGGACAGCUUGCAAUACUACAUGCAAAGAUGAGUUUACAUCCUCAGUACACUUUCGUUUUCGAUCUCAUUUAAACAUGAAAAACACUGAUGAUGAGACUUUAUGUCAAGGCGGUACAGAUAUGCAAACAAAACCUUGUGGGAGUCUGCCACCAUGUCAUUGCAAAAACGGUAUAAAAGUGGGAGAGAUAUGGAAGGAAAGUGAAUGUUUAUCAUGUCAAUGUUCAAAUGAAGGAGAAAUUUCAUGUCAAGAUAUAUGCUGGAGCGAUUGGUCAUCUUGGAGUUCGUGCUCAUCCACGUGUGGCACUAAUGGCAUUGAAAAGAGAUUACGUACCUGCAUAAAGACAGGAUUUUGUGAAGGUGAAGGGAAUUUUACAGAGGAAGUUCGAAAAUGUCAGAUUAGUUAUGGACCCUGCACAAGAAAGUCUGGUUGUAAUAUCGAAAAUUGCCCAGAGAUUGAUUGCCGAAAUGGCCAAGUAGAAAUUGAGGUAGAUGGCGAAUGUUGUCCACGGUGUGUCAACAAAACAGAAAUCAAUGGCAGUGAAGACAUAGGAUGUAUGUUGAAAACAGAAACACGAAACAUAACCAUAAAUGGUUGUACUGCGGCUGAUGUCAAUCUCAGAUAUUGUUCUGGUACAUGUAGAUCAGCCGUUCAUAUUGUUGCCAUGGAUCCAUUUAUUCAUUCAAGAUGCGAAUGCUGCUCUCAUGUUAUUGACAAAAAUGAACCAUUCAUAGCCUUGACCUUGUACUGUGACUCUGCCGAAAACACGAGAAUCAACUUGCCGAAUAUAUCUGAUUGCAAAUGUUCAACAUGUUCAGGCACUGGACUGUUACGCGCGGAACCAUAACAUUACUUUACGAAGAAUGGAUUUGCCAAAAUCCUAAUAUUCUUAAUCUGUUGUGCGGUCCGCACUGUUAUUGGAACGAUUCAUUUUCGUGUAUAAGUGAUGUACUCUGUUGUAUAUGGUGCCGUAAUGGCUGGCAUAUGAUUAAUUCAGAUAUUGAAUGAAAUUUUUGAUGAAAUUAUGUACAAUAUGUGGAAUAUAUCAUAUAUUUGUUCUCGUGCACUUGUUUGUCCUUUUUAUUUACUGCAAUAAAUCAUAACGCAACAUAUUAUUAGUUGCAAAUAGU